AUGAGUUUGGAGCAUGAUAAGGAUAUUUCGCAUAUUAUCUUGACCUCUUUUGUUUACUCUGCGGAUGUUCUCGACUCGAUCAUCGACCACCACCAAUCAGCAGAGAUUACCUUCUCCAGACACCUCGAUCCAGAAGUUUCGGAUCGGCAAACCAUCUCUUUCAACGAAGGCAAGGCUCUCAUCGUCUCCCCUCCCUUCGCCCAGAGCUAUCUGCGGGGCUGUUUCCACGCGAAAUUGCUUCUGCUUCGCUUCUCGGAUCGUUUGCGCAUCGUGAUUUCCUCGGCGAAUCUCACGACGGAGGAUUGGACGAUGUGGUCGCAGUGCGUCUGGAUGCAGGAUUUUUUCAACGCACCGAAGGAUUCAACGCGUGUUGCCGCCAAAAAGCUCGAUUUGGAGUUUCGAACCCAGCUAAUUUCGUUCCUUCGGAAGUGCUGCGUGCCGGAGGAACGCAUCUUCAACGCUUUCCGCGGAGUUUUCUUCGAGAACGUCUCGGUGCAGCUCGUUGCGUCGGUGCCGGGAGUGUACCAAGGCGAUCGCAUGAAUGAUUACGGCCAGCUGCGAUUGCGGUCUGUUUUGAAAGGAUUGAACGACUACAUGGAGAAGGUGGCGUCGCUGCCGAAGAACCCGCCCAUUCUAUCGCAAUGCAGCUCGAUUGGGAAUCCGAGCCAAAAUUGGAUUCUUUCGAUGCUGAAAUCGUGUUACGGAGGGCGAGAAAUCGUUGAAAAGAAGGGAAAGCUCGCCGAUCUGCUCCACAUUGUGUAUCCCACGAAUGUGUAUGUGAAUAACUCGAUUAUCGGGCCGGAAAUGGCGGGCUCGUUGAUUUUUAUGCAGAAAGUUUACACGGCCAAAGCGUUUCUACGGGAAAUGCUGAAGCGGUAUAAAGACGCGCCUGGGAGGGAAACAACGCUGCCGCACUCGAAGUAUUUGAUGAAUGUGCCGUUGAAGAAGAGACCGAGAUUGCCAUGGGUUGCGUGGGGGCAAAUCGAAAAGAAGGAAAGUCAGAUUGCGAUUUGUAACUAUGAGUGUGGCGUUGUGCUCUUGCCGAAGAAUUAUGUGGACUUUGUUAAUGGCGAACUGGAUAUCAAGAAGCAUAAGCAGAUGGACGAGAAUGACGUUUGUCUGCCCAUAGAUCUUACGUUUGAUACUCCUUGUCUUCCAUAUCGAAAAGAUGAUCGCCCUUUUUUGAGACAGUAA